UGGGAUGCUCUUUUGCCUGGAGAUAUUUCUCUCCUUCUACCUGUUGACCGUCCUCCUAUCCUGUUGGGAGAACUGGAGGCAGAAGAAGAAGACUCUUCUGCUGACCACAGACCAAACCUGCCCAGAAGGUGGUCACCUUUGGGUCCUGGCUGAUUCCUUUUCUGGAAGCUCUUAUGAGGGUUAUAACUAUGGCUCUUUGGAGAAUGGUUCCAGAUCCACUGAUGCUUUGUUUGACAGUGGAUCUCUCUUACAGUUACCAUGACCGCCCCUUUUAUCCAGUGGGUACUCGGCCACAGCUGGACUCCAUGAACUCCUUGGAAGAGGAUGACUACGACACUCUGACUCACAUUGAGUCAGACAAGAACAUCAUUUGCACCAAGCAAUACCUCUAUGUGGCUGACCUGGUACAGAAGGACAAAGGUAUUCUGCGGAAGAAGUACCAGAUCUACUUCUUGAACAUUGCCACCAUUGCUGUCUUCUAUGCCCUUCUGGUGAUACAGCUGGUGAUCACCUACCAGAUGGUGGUAAACAUCACAGGGAAGGACAUCUGCUACUACAACUUCCUCUGUGCCCACCCACUGGGCAACCUCAGCACCUUCAACAACAUCCUCAGCAACCUGGGGUACAUCCUGCUGGGGCUGCUCUUCCUGCUCAUCAUCCUGCAGCAGGAGAUCAACCACAACUGGGCCCUGCUGUGCAAUGACCUUCAUGCUAUGGAAUGUGGGAUUCCCAAACACUUUGGUCUGUUUUAUGCCAUGGGCACAGCACUGAUGAUAGAGGGGCUGCUUAGUGCUUGCUAUCACGUCUGCCCCAACUAUACUAAUUUCCAGUUUGACACAUCAUUCAUGUACAUGAUUGCUGGACUCUGCAUGCUGAAGCUGUACCAGAAGUGUCACCCAGACAUCAAUGCCAGCGCCUACAGUGCCUAUGCCUGUUUGUCCAUUGUCAUCUUCUUCUCUGUGCUGGGCAUGGUCUUUGGCAAAGGGAACACAUCAUUUUGGAUUGUCUUCUCUGUCAUUCACAUCAUUGCCUCCCUGCUUCUUAGCACUCAGCUCUAUUACAUGGGCCACUGGAAGCUGGACUGGGGGAUCUUCUGCUGCAUCCUCCAUGUGCUCUACAUGGACUACAUCCGGCAGUGCAGCGGGCCCCUCUAUGUGGACUGCAUGGUGCUGCUGGUCAUGGGCAACAUUAUCAACUGGUCACUGGCUGCCUAUGGGCUCAUCACGCGCCCCAGUGAUUUUGCCUCCUACUUGUUGGCCAUUGGUAUCUGCAGCCUGCUACUUUACUUCGCCUUCUGCAUUAUCAUGAAGCUCCGGAGCGGAGAGUGAAUCAAGCUUAUCCCUCUGCUCUGCAUCAUCUGCACCUCUGUGGUUUGGGGCUUUGCGCUCUUCUUCUUCUUUUAGGGACUCAGCACCUGUCAGAAAACUCCUGCAGAGUCAAGGGAGCACAAUCGGGACUGCAUCCUCCUCGACUUCUUUGAUGACCAUGACAUCUGGCACUUCCUGUCCUCCAUCGCCACGUUUGUGUCCUUUCUGGUGUUGCUGACACUGGACAAUGACCUGGAUACUGUGCAGCAGGACAAGAUCUAUGUCUUUUAGCAGGAGCUGGGCCCCUUGCUUUACCUCAUGGGGCCCUGAGCUCCUCUUUGUCACCUGCCAAGGCGCCUCUAUGGUACCAGGGUUGUGAGCCCCAGCCCUGCUGCCCAGCACCAGUGGUGGGAUAGGGAGGUCUAGCCCAGGCCAGACUCGGUAUAGUCAUGGUGUGGUAUUGAGCCUUGCAGCUGCCCUCUGCCAGGGAGGAGGCCUGCUCCCCCAAGACCCCAGACAUUGGCCAAAUUGCUGCUUUUUUUCUCAGUGUUGGGGCCUCCCACAGGCCCCCAUCCAUCCAUUGACUCUCCGUUUAUCCUCCGUUUAUCCAUCUGAAGCGGAGAGGAGGGAAGGUGAUGCCCUCCCCAUUUCAUGCCUUGCAUUCUACCUAUCCUUCCCCUCGUCCUCAGUCUGGAACCCAGAACCCUUUCUUCCUA